AUGGCUAAACAAGUUUCGAAUACAGAAAAAACUGAUAUAUUUGCACAAUCAGUAUCCCGUGGGAUAACGACAACAGGGAUUACAACAAUAUCAACAACAGUUAUAUCAACAAUCACCUCGUUUGUACUUCCGCCAAUACCAUAUUAUAAAACCUUAAAUUCUUCACCUGCAUCAACUGCACCAACAGAAUCCGCAAAACAAAACGAUAAAAAAUCUUCGCAUUCAACAAAUAUAGGAAUUUCACUCACACUUUCAAUUAUUUUUUUUAGUCUCAUUCUUUUCAUGUCAUAUCAAAUUUGGAAACGGAAAAAGAACACUGCAGCAUUCGCAACACAAAAAUGUUGCCCUCGUCGUUCAAUCGUUAGCCAAACGACGACCGAAUCAUCGACUCUUCACGCGAGAUCUUUACUUGAGAUUGAAGUAAUGACUCAAACUUUAAAAAUACCGAGGAAAGGAAAAGUAAUUGAUGGAAUACGUGUUAAACGAAUUGGAACUACACAAAAAAAACAUAAUAGCGCUUUAUUAAAAUCAUGCCUUGGAUUCCCGGAAGAGAAAACGAGAAAGCCUGGAGUUUCUAAUGAUCAAGUAAAUCUUCCAAUAGCUUCGCCGCCACCAAUCUAUCGUGGAGAAUCAAUUUGCGAAAACAAAAGUUGGUAUGGAGGUGAUUGCACAGAAAGAAAAUAUGAGCUCAAUGAGGUUAAUGUUCAUGAACAACCAGAAUAUUCCAAUCCAUUUCUCGACGCUGGCGUCGAAGAACUUGAGGAUGAUGAUUUAAGUGCUUUUAUUAGUGAUUUUGUCGAUGAUUGUGAUUCGGAUGAUGUAAACAGAAUACGGUCUUUUGGUCAAUUCAAAGACAUGAUUUAG